GCGCUGAUCGACGCCGUGGAGCGGGCGACCGCGGAGCUCGUCGGCGCCGACGGCGAGGUCGCCGUGUUCGAGCUCGGCCGCGCGGAGGCCGAGCGGCGCUACGGAGCCGGCGUGUGCGACGCCGUCGGGGCGGCCCCCGACGGCGACGACACCCUGCGCCUCGCGUGGCUGCCCGGCGCCGCGCUGGUGGCGCUGCCGCCCAACUGGAGACUCUGCGCCCGGACGGGUUCGUGCGGAAGAGUGCAGUUCCAUCGUGGCGCGGAGGAG